AUGACAACCUUAAUAAAUAAUGGAAAUAAAGACCCAGAAGUUCUAAAAGACCUUCCGAAUGCAGGUAUUCGGAGGGGUUUAUCACUUAAUGGCAAUAAGACUACGAAAACUAAUUAUGCCAAGUUCAAAGAACGUAAAGGAAGUAUUCAGAGACUAGUCUCUGGAAACAUGGAAUUACCUAAAAACAAUUUCAAAGUCAAAGGUAGCAGUAUUAAGCCACAUCAACAAGGCACAGGUGGAGGACCUCCCAUUAAGAAUGCGUUAAGUGAGGAUGACUGCAAAGUUCCUGAUAUUAUCGGCUCGAUUGCUGUUGAGGGCCAUCCAGAUAUUACGGAAUCGUCAACUGCAUUUGAUAUCACAACCCUGUCUCCUGUGACCGAAAAAAGCUUAUUGUGUUUGAAGAUUAGCCGAAUAUAA